AUGCUUUUAAGCAGCGAAAAAACUCACGCAACUUUAAAUAAUUUAAAAAGAAUUUACAAAGAGCUAAGCGAAACUGAAUUUAUUUACCAAAAAUCUCCUAUGCUUUAUAAGUAUACUAACAACUUAGGUCGUAUUAAAUUAGAAGGAAACUUAACUACUGAACACGUAUUGGCCACAAUAAAAAAUAAUAUAUUAAACUUAGAAAAAGCAAAAACUAUUAAGCAAAUUCAACCAAAAGUUAAUGUUAAUUAUGAGCAAGAGCAUCAAGAAUUGGCCAGUAAGGAAGGUUUAGCCAAAUGGUGA